UAUCCUGCCUUAGCAGUGAAAAGCAAAAAGAAGAAACGACUGUAUUAUAUACCCAUGCAAGUUCUGUUCUAGCACGACGUCGACACUAGGUUGGAUGCGGCAUUGAGACACUGCGAUCUCGCCUGGGGCUUGAGUCGCGCAUCUCAGACAUCCAUACAGAGUAGUCGAUCCAUGGUACCUAAUAUUGAUUUGUGCGACCCAAGGAUCGAGAGACUACAAUAGGCACUUUGUUGUAUCACCAGGCUCGAUCUCUCCCGUAGCUUUUAGCGGCUUCUUCCUUGGACUAACGCCAGUCAAGUCUUAUUUACUGCAUACAACCUAGUAUACAUAUAUAUUAAAUCGCGCGACCUAUUCAAGCGUGGAACUUGGAUCCAUAUGAAGACACGCUGUGUAGUUUGGGAAGGGGAUAUUUUUGGACCAGUCGGAUCGAGGCUAGAGGUACCAUGGGCGAGAUAGGCCUCAAACAAAUCUCAAACGCUUCUGGCAAGGCCUGCAAUGACAACGACAAUAUGGUAAACCCGGAGUUGCUAUCGAGGCCGCAAGCAAAUGUUGAGCCCACGAAAGCCCGAUCCCGACGCAUUGAGAUAUGGCAACGUGAAGUGGUCACAUCUUCUAAGGCUUGUGCGUGUUCCGCGCCCACCACGCAAGCUAGAAACUCAGGGUUAGGGACAUUGUACCGAAGAAGCAUGUCCAGGUUCGAUAUCAGUCAUUUGCAUCAUGAUCCGGACGACUAUCCAUCAAAUCCAUGGACAUUAAAAAGUCCUCGCAGCUCUCUUCAAGGAGACUGUACAGGCCCCCAUUGCCCAGUGUGCGCAUUACCCCUCGGUGGCGUCAAAUAUAAGUUACUUAGUAGGGAUGACUCUGGCCUUGUACGGCAGCGAAGCCCUUCGCCACCGCGAAUUUCUCGAGACGAUGAACUGAGUCAAGGUAGAGGGCAGAAAACAAAGAGCAAGUCUGUGCUCAGGAGGAUAGUGCGGGUCAUUAAGCCCUCGAAGGGACUCACAUCUAACGAAAUCGCUGAAAUGUCUCGCACCGAUAUGUAUCGCGAUCUCCGUCCUGAGACUACCUCUCCGCCCAAGGAUGUACACGAUGAUACAAGUAGCGGACUAAGCGACGAGGAUUGCAAGAAGCCGAAGGUCGGUAUCACGGCAUCUGCAGCGAGACUGCGUAGAGCGCAGGUGCUGCUCCAGAGGGGGAAAAGAGCGGACUGAGCAGCAGCCUGUCAGAAUUGCUAGGUCUUCAUACGAUACGAACGGCGCAACAAUAUAAUUACUAUCUUGUGGAUGUAAGGAUCUAUGCUUUCUAGCUUUCAAGGAUAAGCCAAGCCUAGUGCACCCUGGGCUCAAUCUUGACGCGCAAUGAUCUCAGAUUAUAUCAGGAUCUCAAGGA